AUGGCCAGAUUCAACGAGAACUUCGAGUACAAGCUGGACUUUCCCAAGUUCUUGCUCAUUGGCGACUCCAUCACUGAAAGAAGCGCGAACCCGUUGCCUGUGACCGACUAUAUUGCAGAUGGAUACGACCACAGUGGUAAAUACUCCACUGAUAAGGGCCCUAUGGAGUUCUGUUUCUUCGGCCAGCUUCAACACGACUAUGUUCGACGGAUGGACGUGAUCAACAGAGGAUUCUCCGGGUACAACUCGGAGUACUGGAAAUUCAUGAUAGAUAAGGUCCUCCAAAUAGAGCACGACUUGUCGUACAACAAAUGUAAGAUAGUCUCUUUAUUUUUGGGAACCAACGAUGCAGCCACUGCUAAACCGGACGGAGUCCCUUAUGACGAGUUCUUGUCCAACAUGGAUUACAUCAUCAACCAGAUCCUCAAAAGAGAUAUCAAAAUCAUAGUCGUCGGCCCAGGCCAUCAUUAUCCCGACCUUUGGGAACCAUUGAAUAUGGAAGAGAUCGAAGUCGGCAUUACGCGAACUAACGAAAUCAACCGCAAAUACGCCGACUGCUUGCAAAAUCUUUGUGAGAAAUACUCGCUUCCUUUUGUCGACCUGUACAAAAUUCACGAUGAAUAUAAUGCGAAGAAUGGUGAAGAAGCAACAAGAGAUUUGAUCUUGGACGGAAUCCAUUUCACAGCAAAAGGAUACAUCUUGUUUUAUGAACAAUUCACAAAAACCUUGACAGAGUGGUAUCCAGAAUUGAGUGUUCCAAAGAUGAAAAUGAGGUUGCCCCGGUGGGAUGAGUUCGACUCCUCCCAAGUGGAGAAAAUUGAUAUAUAA